UAUCCCUUAAAUUCUUGAUAUUUUCAGAUUCGAAAUUUUCUUUCCCUUCAUUAAUUUAAUCAAUUGAUAAUAUAUAACACAAUGGCCGCUCAAAUUCAAAAACCAGCUCCAAGCUUCACUAAAACCGCCGUCGUUGAUGGUGUUUUCGAAGAAAUUUCUUUAGAACAAUACAAAGGUAAAUGGGUCUUAUUAGCUUUUAUCCCAUUAGCUUUCACUUUUGUUUGUCCAACCGAAAUUAUUGCUUACUCUGAUGCUAUUAAAAAAUUCACUGAUAAAGAUGCUGAAGUUUUAUUUGCUUCUACCGAUUCUGAAUACUCUUUAUUAGCUUGGACUAACGUUGCUAGAAAAGAUGGUGGUUUAGGUCCAAUCAAUAUCCCAUUGUUGGCUGAUACUAACCACUCUUUAUCUAAAGACUACGGUGUCUUAUUACCAGAAGCUGGUGUUGCUUUAAGAGGUAUCUUUUUAAUUGAUCCAAAUGGUGUCUUGAGACAAAUCACCAUCAAUGAUUUACCAGUUGGUAGAUCUGUUGAAGAAUCUUUAAGAUUAUUAGAUGCUUUCCAAUUCACCGAAAAAUACGGUGAAGUUUGUCCAGCUAACUGGCAACCAGGUUCUGAAACCAUCAAACCAGAAGUUAAAGACUCCAAAGAAUACUUUGGUAAAGUUAACAAAUAAAUGAUUUAGACGAUUUAUACAAUUAUACAAAAUAAUAAAUUAAUGAGUUAAAC